UUGUGUUUCGCGGGUUGUAUGCGGUAAGCGUUACUCUGAUGAGUAGUCCUACAGAUGAGAUCAUUCAACUAACUAAUGACGACGCUACAUCCAGUAAAGCUCAUGCCAUUUCUCGUGGAUACUGGAAAGACAAGUAUAUCAGGUAUUUUUGUUCCUCUCCGUCACACAAAACUCCGGAGAUUAAUCGUGGCUAUUUUAUAAGAACAACUGCAUUCAGAGCGAUUGCCAUAUCAUUUAUAAAGUCCACAGGUGGAGCCUGCCAAAUUGUAAACCUUGGUGCAGGCUCAGAUACAUUGUACUUCGCUCUAAAAGAUGCUCAGGAGACUCCAGAGCUAUACGUCGAAGUAGACUUGGCAUCUAACAUUCAGCAAAAAGCUAUGACAAUACAACGAAGAAGGCUGCUUGAAUCAACAAGUAACUCUCACACUUUUUAUUAUCCUUGUAUAUAAAGUAAAUUGGUCCUUUACGGACAGUUAAUAUUUUAUAAUUCAAUGUACCUUUAUCUGGUUAUUAAACAAUAUUUUGGCUAUUUUUUCCCGGACUUACUAAGCCCUACAAACUCACAUUGUUAGUGGCGCCACACCGAAUUAUGUAUGGAUUUUAUUUUUACAAAGUGUGAUUCUCGACGUUCACCAUUGUCAUCCGUUUAUAUGAGCAGCUAAUAAGACUAGUAUGUAUGUCCUUCAUUCUUUAUAGUAUCUUCAUGUCUAAUUGUCAGAAAUCCGAUAUUGCUGAGUAUCGGUAAAUGACACCGUAUGGGUUCCUCAUGAAAAUGGUUCAAAAGAAUCUUGAAACCUUAAACGACAAACAGAAACAGUGAAGCGAGACAUCAAUUCAGUCCAACCUACAUUAAAGCCAUUUUACACCAUAAAGAAGAUAUUUGAAGUGGAGGAAUCCAGUAAAGUCAAAAUAAGGAUACUAACCAUGUUAAUUUUUUUUAAACCAGGUAAACCAUGCAAAAUCAGGACAACUGGUUUGAGGUAUUGUGACAUUCGAAAGUAAGAUAAGGGCAUUAAUCGGAUGUAUAUAUUGUUGAUUUCAAGCCCUGUCACAUAAAUACUCCAUGCACUGAUCUGGAAUUCCGUGCCGACCCCGAAGCAUUGGCAUAUGCUUUUACUUAGUGGUCUGCCCUCAAUAUUAAUAUUGCCAAUUGUAUUAUAAACAUGGGUACGGUUAUUUUAUCGGGUGGAAGUUACCACUCAGUGAUAUUUAUUUAUUUGUUAUUUUACCACAUCCUUACAUAUCGUUUCAAAUAAACAUACCAGCUUAUCCCCCCUCCCGCACAUUUUUUAGUAUUACAUGAUCACAUUCUAAACUUUAGCUUCUGUUUAUCAUAUCCAUUUCUAAUAUAUGUUCUACUAAUAUUGAAUGACUGACCGUUCAACGUUUUCAUUUUACCAUAUUCUCUUAUAUGUAUGCUAUAUAUCUAACGAAAAGCUUUAUACUUUGAACCCAGAUGCUUCACCACUUAAAGACGAUAAUUUAAACCUUACAGUAAAUCAAAAGACUUCUGUUGUCGACACACUACAUGAUAAUUUGCACUACGUUUUUGAGACGGGACGGUUUCACUUACUGAGUUUCGAUUUACGAAGAUCUGUUCAAGAUCUUCUAGAUGUUUUAUGUUCAACAGUUAAUGGGGCCGGUUGUUCCAAAAGUUGCCCAACUCUCUUCCUUGCUGAAUGCGUACUUGUUUAUAUGUCUCCAGAGGCAAGCUGUCAGUUAAUAAAGGGUCUUUCGGUAAACUUCCCACGUGCUUCAUUCCUGCAUUAUGAACAGGUUAAUAUGAGCGAUUCAUUUGGUUCUAUUAUGAUCAAAAAUUUUCGUGCUCGUUCCUGUGAGCUUCCUGGUCUUAAUGCAUGUCAUUCACUGGCUACUCAAGAGGAACGAUUUUUUAAGGCUGGUUGGAAAAAAGCCAAAGGAUGGACUAUAAAUCAAGUUUAUAAGAUGUUACCUUCCAGUACUCGAUACAGAGUAGAACAUUUGGAACUAUUGGAUGACCUUGAAGUGACAAUGCAGUUGUUUGAUCAUUAUUGUAUUCUCCUGGCAACUAAUGAUGAAAUAAUCUGCCCAGAUGAACAGUUGAAAGAAUCAUUAGCCACUAUUGAGUAGUCAUCUUCGUAUAUCAAAUAUGUGAUUCAUUACGAAAGUAUAUAAUGUACUGCAUUUUUCCUAUUUCGAUUUCCUUUCAUUUUUAUCAAGUAUUUGUAUAAUUCAUCGUAUAACUUUAUUAGUUCCUACUUUGUGGUGUAUAUUAAUGCCGUAAAUGUAGACAACAAAAGGAUCCACGUUAAAAUAUAUUUGUACAGACGUUUGCA